CUCAAAAUUCAUUCCCAUCGUCGACAUCCAUUUCUCAAAGUGUAUGUGUGUUAGUGCAAUUGCCAGGCCCUUUGCAUCGAUCCCAUCGCUGCUGUCAUUUUCGCUUCGUUUAUGUUUACUUCACUAGAUGCUUCCACUGAAAUAAUCGCAGAUUCCGAACAUCCGUGGGGCACUGUUUAAAUUCCACCAAAGAUGACCCGUACCUGCAUGGUGAGAGGAUGCAAAAGCCGAGUCAAACCCGGCAUGAAGACUCCGAGCGAAGUGAAAUUCUUCCGAUUUCCCCGUAUUGACCGUAGAACCAAAACGCGCGAAACGCUAUCCAUUACCAGGCGGAAACUGUGGUGCAAAGUGCUCGGUGUAUCUGAAUCGAGACGUUUGGACCAUUAUGUGGUGUGUUCGUUCCAUUUCAGAUCAGGCCACAGCGCCGAAUUAAGUGAAGAUUGGCACACGGAUUGGGUACCCAGUCUGUACUUGGACCCUUUCUCGGCAGCUAGCAUACAACGCAACAAUCAUAAGAAUCCCCCAGAGCUGAUUACUGCGGAUCCCUCACGGAGCCGGUUCGAUCAUUCCGCUCCUACCUUGUUGCUGGAUGACGAAAGUGACGAUAGCUACGAGUACGACGUCACGGAUAUGGUGAAAGAUCCACAGCUCGAACCACCCGAACAGACACUGGUCAUUGAGGACAAAAGCGGAGCUCAGCGGGAAGCGAUUAUUGAUUUGUAUGCACAGCCUAACGAGAUGUUCGAUGAAUGACAAUGUGCUGUGAACAUGAGUUAAAUGUAAUCUAUGCUUU